AUGGUUGUUAAGUUAGAAGAUCAUUGAACCAUAUAAGGGUCAAUAAAAGAAUAAACUCACUGGCUAGUGAUUGGAGUACAAGGAACUUGAUCCUAGUUCAGUUUCGUGUGUCCAUAUGCUGCUCACAAUCACAGGAGGCUCUCCAGGUCCUCUACCACCUGUUCUUCCUUGAGAUGGCUUCGGGAAAGCUAAUUAAGUUGGUGUUUUUUGAGCUUCUGGAGUUGGCUGCUUUCUGCAUUCCCACCCUUGUGAUUAUGGAACAGUUUGCCACUGCCUACCAAAAGACAAGCAAAAGCUCGGACAAGACACACUAUUGGCUGAUUGUUUCCUGUUCUAUUGCCUAUGUGGCUUCAGUGACUCUAUUAAUUUGGGUUCCCAUAAAAGUUCUCUUAUAUAAGAAGCGUCAUCUUUACAGAAGAAUCACAGGAUGGAGACCUGUUCUGAUGAUGUGUGUAGUGCUCACCACGCUUCCCAGUUUCAGCUUUUCUAUAGCAGUGACGGAGGUUCAGAAGAACUUCAAUGUCUCUGCUGACCCACUGCCAGAUUCCUUACCUGACCUGCCAGUGUCACUGGUUCUGUUAUCCUUGAUCUUGGUUGAUAUUAUUGAAAAACUGAGGAUAUACCCUCUUAGAGGGAGUCAAAAGAGUUUCGAAGAUGAGCACAGCCACACGUCUUUGCAACAGAUAAAAACGGUGACGGAGCAAGUGAGACAAAAUGAAGAAAACCCUGCAGCCAAAACCACCAUUGGGUUGCGACCACACAGCCAGGUUCUCGCUGUAGUGGGGCCUCAGGAGCCCUCCUUUCACUCGAGAAUUCUGAGGACAAUGUCCCACAGAGAUGUCAGGGCGGAGCUAUUCCUGUGGGGCUUUUUACUGUGGUCUGACACUGUAGAAAUGGUGCGUGUGGCAGGUCACCCUGCUGUGUACAAGUCAGGCUGGCUGUACCCAGUCUACAUCUUCAGUUUUAUUUCUCUCCUCCGAAUGAUAUUCACUCCCAAAAACCCUCUUCUCAGUUUUCUGGGCAUUCUGCUGCAGGAUUUACCCUUUAUUUUUGUUAGACUUAGUUUAAUCAUUGCCCUAGGGACUAUCACACCUGUACUGGGCCUUUGUAAAAAUGUACUAGUGACAUUCUCUUAUGUUUAUUUCAGUUACUUAACCAAACUCAGGCUUUUCUCAUCCUUUGAAAUGUCACCAUUUUAAAAAGAAAACUGUGAAGGUAGCAA